CCUAAAAUAUGUCGGACGUUCUUGUCAUAUAAAUGCUUUAUAAAUGGAAAAUUCAGAGGCAAAAGCAGCUCUAACAGAUCAACAACGUGCUAGGAUUGAACGCAAUAGGCAGCGUGCGGUACUGCUUCGAAAUGCCCGACUAGCGAAACAUCCGUAUGCGAGCAAAGCUUCAAACAAUAAAGAAAGGAGUGAAGCUAUAUUAGGGGUGACUACCAGUAGUCGAACUUUGGAUACUGGUGGAGGCUUUUUACUCGAUAUUGACGAUCAAAUUGAGGCUGAGAAGGAAUUAAAUGUUGUCUUUGAACCAGGUCCUGAACUUGGUGCUGAACAGCUCAAAUGUGCUGAAUGUGGCAAGUCGUUUCUUGAAUCAUUCCUACAUAAAAACUUUUCUGUCACAGUUUGUGAUAGCUGCAGAGAUAAUAAUGACAAACAUGCAUUAAUUACAAAGACAGAUGCAAAAACACAAUUCCUAUUGAAAGAUUGUGAUCUAGAGAGGAGAGAACCAAUACUUCAAUGCAUUGUUAAGAAGAAUCCUCAUAAGUCAACCUGGGGAGAUAUGAAACUAUUUCUUAAAAGUCAGGUGGUUGAAAGAUCCUUGGAAAUCUGGGGAGAUGAAGAGGCGAUGGAGGAAGAGAGGGAAAGACGAGCUAAUGCAAAAGAGAAGAAAAAACAGAAAUUGUUUGAUAAGAAAGUGAAAGAGCUCCGUCGUGCUGUGAGGACAAGCACAUGGAAGCGAGAUUCAUCCCAUCACACCCAUGAGUUCCCAGGCGAAGGAGAACCUGGUGGAGAGGUGUAUGAUGAAGGUACUGACACGUGGACAAAGACCUGUAAAACAUGUGGACAUAGCGUGACAUAUGAAAAGAUGUAAAAUAUAUUCCUCAUUACUCCAAGCAGGCCAUGAAACAUUAUACAAGUACUGUACAGUAUCUGGGUCUAACUUAUUUCAAACUCUGGUUUGUGAUAAUCCUUUCAUAUCAAUUACAGUUAAUAGGCCCUUGAUAAGCAGAAGGAGUGUUCUAAUUCUAGAUGGUCUAAUGGUCUUUUAUUGGAAAGCACUUGAUGUGCAUAUUUGUGGUUUUCAAUAUUCUAAAUGCAAUUAUGAAAGACAAAAUGUUUUGACAUAAAAGUCAUCAAUACAUUCUAAUUUUUCUUUAUUGUGAUUAUUAGCAUGUAUUUGUAACAAUUUACACACAGAAUUUGCACAAUAAUUGUACUAUUAUGAAC